AUGUUAGGACGUCUAAAGUCGAAAAGCAACAGUCUACAUAUUAAUCUGUUUUUUGCCUUCAUUCUGCGGGCUUCCUUCUCCUUCAUCAAGGGGGCGCUGUUUGUGAAGCACGUGGGUUUAAGUAUUGAUAUCAAGUACGCCAGUGACGGGUCCAUCAUGUUCGAUCAAGCAGGAACGCACUGGGUGUGUCGAAUGAUGGUGGCUGUCUUCCUCUACUCUAUCUGCGCCAGUCAGAUGUGGAUCUUCAUGGAGGGUCUCUACCUACACAACCUCAUCUACAGAACCCUGUCGACCGAGAGGCGGGGCGUUAAAAUAUACAUUAUAAUUGGUUGGCUUUCUCCACUGACAUUCCUCAUCCCAUGGAUAAUUGUCAAAUCAACCGUUGAUAAUUACUAUUGCUGGACAAUAGGCGGCAAUAAAGAUUAUUUUUGGAUUCUGCACGGUCCGUUGCUUGCUACAGUUGUGAUAAAUUUUGUAUUUUUCUUAGACAUUCUGAGGGUAAUGUGUGGUCGCAUUCGAACCAGUUCCAGACAUAUGGGGAAAACAAAGUAUAGGCGGUUAGCGAAGUUUGUUCUAGUGCUGAUACCUUUGUUUGGUAUUAUGUAUAUCGUGUUCCACGUGGCAUUCCCAGCCAGGUUUCAGUCCAAGGUGGAUAUCAUGCAUUUGUAUAUAGAAAUGACAUAUAAUUCGAUACAGGGUUUUAUCCUUGCUCUUUUGUUUUGCUUUUUAAAUGAAGAGGUGCACAGAGAGCUGAAGCGAAUGUGGCUGCGGCAGAAGAGUCGACGAGGAGACGGCACGGCGCUCACCCGCUCGUUCGUGAUGUCGUCCUUCAAGCAGCGACCCAGCUCCUCCAGGGUGCAGAACGGGCGAGUGUUCACCAAGGCCAAGGAGAAGGAGGACAUCUUCAACAAGAUCAAGAGUGGAGCCAGGAACUGUUUCAGAAUCCCAGAGACUAGCUCAUCCACUGCUGAGCGAAAACAUAGCGAUGUUAUAGACGAUAUCGAUACGAUUUUUAAAGAUAAAUGUGAUAAUAGGAACUCUGGGACGGCGUUAUGAUCGUGGGAACACCAAUAUCGUGUGCUGUAGGGGUUUUGUUUUUAUGUUUGUUUCUCCAAAAAGCCGAGAACAAGAGGUCCAUUAAUAUUGUGGAUUUUGACAGAGCUAUUAGAACACACUAGAAAUGGUUCCACAGAUUCCCAUGUUUGAUUUAAAGGUUUGUGGAAGUGGAAUUACUGAGAAUCUUCUUGUGAAGGUGAUCAUAAACUACAACAUGUUUUAAUGUUUAUAUUAGACUGGAACACCCACGCCAUGAUUCACCAGCACGGCUUAUACCAAUGUACGCUUUAACAAACACUGACCUGAUGACCAAUAAUUCUGAUUACAAUGAGAAUUAAAGGGCGGAUAACUUUAUAUGGAGGAUCGGUCCAAGUGUAUUGAUUGUUUGAAAAUAUGGGUGUUUACAGUUAAAUCAUACUGUAGAUUCGUGGGUGAAUACGUCAGUUGUGGCAUAUGGGUGAAAGGCUAAAUACAUUGAGUUGUGAGUCGACAUGUGAGUAAACGAAAUAAGAAUCGGUGGACGAAUAUUUGUCACUGGUGAACUGUUUGGAAUACGUUUCGCUUGGUGAAUAACUCUUGUUUUGCAAUACUCAUUUUGUUUAUUACGAGCUCAAAAUAAAAUUACCAGCUGCGAGCUUUAUUCAAAGACGGUGCUACAGAAUGCAGUUGCGUCUCAUACAUGUGCAGAUAUUCAAAAUAGUCUGUAGCGUAGUCAUGGUGGGGGUGGAGUAAAAGUAGGCUUAGUGCCCCCGCCAUUUAUAUAACACAAACGCUUCCCACCACAUACCAGAUACACAUGGGCGUACAUAGGAUUUUGAAAAGGGGUGUUCCAAUACAUAGGAUUUUGAAAAGGGGGGUUCCAAAAUAGAUUG